AGGACGCUUUCUAUAUAAGGUGCGAUGAGCCCGAGCUUUGGGAUCCCUCAACUCUCCAUCACCGCUGCAAUGGCCUACUAUCUGUACAAGAAGAUCAAGGCAUCACGGGCCGCCAAAGCCCAGAGUGAACUCAUCCCUCUCGGUAGCAGCCACUCGAGCCCAUUCGAGCGGACAUCCCAGCAACAGGACGGCCAUCCACUGACUUCAAAUGAUCCGCUUUUGUCAACUUCCGAGAAAACAUCCCCGUCUCCUGAACUCGAAGCCGAGAAGCGCCGGCGACGCAUCUAUCGUUGGAAGCUUAUCACCAGUCUAUUCCUCCCAUACAUGUUGGCAACGAUAGAUCUGACUAUUGUCGCGACCGCCGUUCCAUUCAUCGCAUCACAUUUUAACGAACUCGACGAGCUCAACUGGAUCGUCACAGCAUUCACCUUGACAUCCACCGCCCUAAUUCCAACCUUCGGGCAACUCGCCGAUGUCUUCGGUCGACACGCAACCCUCCAACUAGCGACAUUCCUUAUGCUCAUAGGAAGUGUUCUGUGUGCAGCCGCGCAAAGCUGGGGCAUGCUCCUUCUUGGACGUGCGCUACAGGGUACGAGCUCCGCCGGCUUGAUGACCAACAUCAUGAUCAUCCUGGCGGACAAUGUUACACUGGAAGAGAAUGCGAAGAAUAAUUCCAUCUUUGCGUUUGUUGGUGGGGUUGCGUAUUCGAUUGGGCCGGUUAUUGGGGGGUACUUGACUGACUCCAACUGGCGCUACUGCUUUGUUAUCUCGAUUCCUAUCGCCUUCGUCUCCCACAUAAUAAUAUUCAUCCUCCUCCGCAAAGAACUCAAGCCCGGAACAUACACCCACACCCCCUCAACCUCCCCCGUCCGCUCCUUCCUCUCCGCUCUCGCGACCCUCGAUAUCCUCGGAACAAUCCUCUUCAUCUUCGGCGUCGGCCUCAUAAUCCUCGGCACUGCCUGGGGUGGCUCAACGUAUCCGUGGGUAUCCGCCCAAGUUCUCGCGCCCCUGGUCGUCGGAGCCGUCUGUUUCUUCACCUUCUUUGGGUACGAGUACCUACUUGAAAGCGGGAAACUUUCUGGCAUUUCCCUCCUCGCGAGGCAGAAACCCAUGCUGCCGUAUAGUAUGUUCAAACGGCUCGACACACUAUGGCUCGCGAUCUUGCAGUUUGCUGCAGGCGCCGCCAUGUAUUCUGUCUUCUACUAUGUGGGGAUUUACUUCACCGUUGUUGAGGCGUAUCCAGCGUCCAGGGCAGGUGUGCAGUUGCUUUACUAUAUUCCUGGCUUAGGUGCCGGCGUCUACCUAGCAAUGUUCUUGUGCAACGUCACCCCCGCGCAAACAUUCUACCCCCUGACCCUGGGAACCAUCCUCGAAACCCUCGGCCUCGCCCUCGUAACAUGGGGCAUAUCCGCCCAAAAGACAUCAAUAAUUAACGGCAUGAUGGUCCUCGCCGGCGCAGGCACCGGAAUCCGCAUGAUGCCCGCGAACCUCCACAUAGCGGGUAUCUGGCCUGAUAAACUCGCUGCCGCACUCUCCCUUAUGCGCUUUGCCUUGCCGUUUGGUGGGACGGUGGGGAUCACGGUUAUGGGGAGUGUUUUCAAUAAUAAGCUCUCCACUUCGAUUUCGCGUCUCACUACAGGCGGUGGUGCCGUGUCCGCGCAGGAUCUCGGACACGGUGGAACAGAGAGCCUGGAUUUCAUCGCCUCGCUCCCAGACUCCCUGCAGGCGGGCGUACGACAUGCAGGGAAAGAUGCCAUUAUGUGGGCGUACAUCUCCAUCAUGCCGAUUUUGGGGAUUAGUCUUGUGACGGGAUUCUUCCUGGGGAAUGUUUGGAUUCGGAAGAGGGGGAAGAAGGGCGAUGCGGAGGGUCGAGCUCAGGCGCAGGCGCAGGCUGAAGGUGAAAGUGGGGGUGGGAAUGGGAUCGCGGGUGCGAGUGAGGUUGUGUAUGUGCCGUAUCUCUAUGCGGUUUUCAAGGGUGUUGGGCGGUAUAAGCAUAUCACUCGGCCGGUUCAGCUCGGUGGCUCUGGCGAAGCGAAUACCAGUGAGAGGGCUUGAGUGCUCAGAUUAUGUUGAUAUUAUUGUAUAGAUAGGAUGACUCGGGUUGAAUUAAUGCUUUUUCUCUAGGGGUGGCCUAAGGUAGACGAUCAGUAGGGGGCUCGACUUCAAGGUUGGCAUCACUCCUCUUUCAAAUUCACUUUCCCCUCACUUUACCUGUCACUGGACCUAUGAAACUCUAAGUCAGGCCACUCGGCAU